UGCAGAUGAAACUCUCGUUUACUUUGGACAAGGAGACAGGGAUGCCACAAGGCUGCUACAGCUAUCAGUACCGGGACAGCAACAAACUGGUGGAAGAAUUUAUGCUGCUGGCCAACAUGGUGGUGGCCCAUCGGAUUUACCGCUCCUUUCCCACCCAAGCCCUCCUGCGCCGGCAUCCCCCACCGCAGAGCAAGAUGCUCCACGACCUCAUGGCCUUUUGCAACCAGAUGGGCCUGGAGAUCGACUGCAGCAGUGCCGGCGCCUUGCACAAAAGCCUGAAUGAAACUUUUGGGAAUGACCAAUACAGCGACGCAAGGAAGGAGGUGCUGACCAACAUGUUCUCUCGUCCCAUGCAGAUGGCGGUCUAUUUCUGCACUGGCGUGCUGAAGGACGAGAACCUCUUCCGACACUACGCCCUCAAUGUGCCUCUCUACACCCACUUCACGUCGCCUAUCCGCCGGUUUCCAGACAUCGUGGUGCACCGGCUGCUCACGGCUUCACUGGGGCUGGGUCCUGCCCCACAGAUGGAGGAGGCCGAGAUACAGAAGCAAGCGGAGCAUUGCAACGACCGGAAGAUGGCUUCCAAGCGGGUGCAGGAACUGAGCGUCGAUCUCUUCUUCGCUGUUUUUGUCAAGGAGUGUGGACCGCUGGAGUCGGAGGCCAUGGUGAUGGGCGUCCUGAGCGAGGCCUUUGACGUCCUGGUGCUACGUUUCGGAGUCCAGAAGCGCAUUUAUUGCAACGCUCUACCGUUGGUGGGAUUCCAGUUUCAAAAAGUAGGGAAAAAGCCACAGUUGUCGCUGACGUGGGAACCGCAGAGCCCGGAGCAGGACGCCGCGCGGCAGGUCAUCUCAAUAUUCGCUUUGGUGGACGUGAUUCUGCGAGCCGACAACGGGACCACGAAGUACAGCGCGGUGCUGAAGAGGCCCGGCGGUGAAGAAUGACCUGGCCUGGCUUCCGGUUACAAAUCCUGCCCAUUUGCUCCCCCCCCCCAACCCCCAAACCCCCCCCCCACUAAUAUUGGUAGAUAUCCCGAACUGACUCCCUGGGAAAAGAACCAAGACUUAUUUUAAUUUUAAUUUUGGCAGAUGUUGCUUCUUCGAUCCCCGAGGGUUUUGUUUGUUUUUUUUUAACAAGAGGGGAGGGAGGGCCCAAAGCCAAGAUGGUGGCUGCAGCCUUGUAAGCCUCAAUAGCCCACGUUAAGAAAAAAAUGAAAAAUGAUAGAGCUUGGCUUGCAGACCGUAGCUGCCAUCUUGACUUUUUUGACCUCGGUGUGGGCGUCGUUGGUUUUUACUCAAGCUGGUUGGCAGGGUCUCAGCCGUUUCCAGCCAUAAAUACUUGGAAGUAUGAACAAGCAAUCUUUCCAUCUUCUUAGUUGAAUUUGUGUGUGUUUGUGGGUGUGGGUGUUUGAAUUUGUGGCCCCCCUGAGCAGAGCCUCUCCCUUGUUGUGUCUGGCCGGCGGGGCGCUCCAUCUUGGUGUAAAUAAUCUCUUGCUCAGC